UAUCCCAACCUUUAUUUACACUGACUCAAGGCAGAAAGGCACAAGGCAAGCGGCGAAAUUUGAAGCAUUUGAAACCAGCAGUGUAGUAGCAUUCAUUUACACUCAAAGAAACACAAUCAGCAAUUCAGCACCACGCAUAAGGAGGAACAAACAAGUCUUCGGUUCUGGCCCUAAUUCGUCACACAGCGCGGGAAAAUACAAAUUUGAGCAAAGUUUAAUCAAAUCAACUUCAUUCCUUCACUUCAAUCUUCCAACAACACUCGCGUAAAUAUAAAUUUCAAACGAAAAACACUUUCUUCAUUCUCUCUCACAUUUUCUUUUCUCGUUUGAGUCAUUAAUCAUGGAGAGAAUUCACGUCACCGUUCGUGCAAGACCUCUCUCGCUGGACGAUGCCAAAACCAGCCUCUGGAAAAUAUCCGGCAACUCCAUCUUCAUUCCUAAUCACUCCUCUAACUUCCAAUUCGAUCAAAUAUUCAAUGAGAACUGUAAAACCUCCGAAGUUUACGAAGCUCGAACCAAAGAUAUUGUUGCUGCUGCAGUUCGUGGAUUCAACGGUACUGUUUUCGCUUAUGGACAAACUAAUAGUGGGAAGACUCAUACAAUGCGUGGAUCGAAAGCCGAGCCUGGAGUAAUUCCUCGUGCCGUGAAUGAUUUGUUUCAAAUUCUUCAACAAGAUGUUGAUCGAGAGUUUCUUCUUAGAAUGUCAUACAUGGAGAUUUAUAAUGAAGAGAUAAAUGAUUUAUUGGCUCCCGAACAUCGAAAACUGCAGAUUCAUGAAAAUAUAGAGCGGGGUAUAUAUGUUGCGGGGCUGCGAGAAGAAAUUGUUGCCUCUCCUGAGCAAGUCCUUGACCUCAUGGAGUUUGGAGAAUCUCAUAGGCAUAUCGGAGAGACAAAUAUGAAUUUGUACAGUAGUAGAUCCCAUACUAUUUUCCGCAUGAUAAUUGAAAGCAGAGAUAGAAACGGAGAUGAAAGCACUGGUAGCUCUUGCGAUGCUGUUCGUGUAUCAGUGUUGAAUUUAGUGGAUCUUGCUGGUUCAGAGCGUGCUGCAAAAACUGGAGCUGAAGGUGUACGGCUAAAAGAGGGUUCUCACAUAAACAAAAGCUUAAUGACUUUGGGAACCGUGAUUAAAAAAUUGAGUGAAGGCGUUGAGAGUCAAGGAGGCCAUGUUCCUUAUCGAGAUAGCAAGCUUACACGAAUUUUGCAACCUGCAUUAGGGGGAAAUGCUAACACAGCUAUUAUUUGUAAUAUAACACUUGCUCAGAUACAUACAGAUGAAACUAAAAGCAGCCUCCAAUUUGCAAGCCGAGCUUUGCGUGUCACAAAUUGUGCAAAAGUCAAUGAGAUUUUGACAGAUGCUGCUUUAUUAAAACGCCAAAAGAAGGAAAUUGAAGAGCUUCGUGCCAAAUUGAUGGGUUCUCGUUCAGAGCAUUUGGAAGAUGAGAUUCUGAACCUUCGAAAUACAUUGUUACAGACUGAACUAGAAAGGGAACGCAUAGCUUUGGAAUUAGAGGAGGAAAAGAAAACUCAAGCUGAAUGGGAAAAGAGAGUACAUGAGCAAGCCAAGAGAAUCGAAAACUUGAGUUCAAUGGUUUUGUUUUCAAAUAGGGAUGAGAACCGCAAUUAUAUUAAAAAGGAGAAGAGGCGGGAUACAUGGUGUCCUGGAAAUCUUUCACUUGAGCAUCCAAAAGAUGUUGAUACUGGCAUCCACAUAAAUGCGUCAACUGCAAAACCUAUUCCACCUAAGCGAGACAUGGGACCGCUUCUUCCUUUCGACGAACUUGUAAAUGAAGAUGUUUAUGUGGAUGAUUCCUGUAAGCAAGAAGAUGAUAGUAAAGGUGAUGCAAAUGAUGAUUGCAAUCUACCAAAUCCCUGUGAUUUAUUGCAUGUAACAAACAGGAAAAAGGCUCCAUCAAGGAAGAAAAGCUUAUCUAUGCAGGAUGAUGACAAAUAUCUAGAACUUCAAGCAGAAUAUGAAAAUUUGCUUCUUAAAUAUGAAACUCAGAUAACUAUGAGUGAGAUAAAGAUUGAGUCAUUGAAAAAGCAGUUGAUUGAGGAAAAUUUUCUCCUCUCUACGGAAUCUAUUGAAUAUUUAAAUAGUAGUGCUCAUAAUGUUAAUUUUAAUGGGGAUAAAAAUUUGUGUUUUAGAGAGUCAGAGGCUAUUCUUGUUAUCAAGAGACUUCAAGAGCAGAUUAAGGUUUUGGAAAUGGAAAAAUUAUCAAGCCAACAGAACCUGGAUAAUGUUUUUAAUUUAGCAACCGAGCAAAACAUGUGUGCUAUGGAGAAAUUUGAAGAGCUUAAUGAAGAGCUUACAAAAGCACAGGAGGCAGCUCGGGUGGCUAGGGAACAACUCAUUUCCAGUAAAACUGUGUGCAGCAUCGAUGAUGGAAAUGUUGACUUUGUAACUAGUGUUUCCAUGGGAAUUCAAGACAUAAUGUCCGAAAUACAAAACUCAAAAGAAGCUGUUCAAAGUGUUAUUUUGAUGGUUGAUGAUGCUACUAAAAGUUUCUCUACUCUCUGUCACAUGUUCCUUGAUUUCAAAACCUCAGUAUCUCAGAAUUCUGCAGGACAAAAAUUAAUGUUUAGUAAUUAUCAGAAGUUGAAUUCUUCCUUAAGACAAACAAUAUCCCAGCUUGAGAAUGAGAAGAUUCUUCUGGACAACCAGCUAGCUAAUAUUCAAAAGCAUCUUCAGGAAUCAGAACUAGAUGCUCAGAACUCCCAUAACUCUUUGCUGGAACAGUUAGGACAACAAGAAUUGGAAAAUGGAGAGUUGAUUUCUUAUAUCCAAACUCUUGAGAAAGAUGUAUCAUGUUUAACAUUAUCUUCAGUGGCCAAGGAAAAGGAAACGUUAAGAAGAGAUCUUGAGAAGGCAAAAACCAGGUUGAAAGAAACUGAGUCUAAGCUUAAGAAUGCGAUGCAAGAGAAAACAAAACUUGAGGGAGAGAAAGCCUAUGCUGAACGAGAGAUCAAACGGUUGCAUGGCCAGAACUCUCGUCUUGAACGGGAUAUCAAUAAACGUGAUUCACUUGCUGGUAGAAGACGUGAUUCAAUUGUUGACAAGAGUUCAAAGAUGUUUGAUCCUCAAAGACCAAAGGGUCUUGCGAUUUCUCUGGAAGAGCAUAGGAAGCUGGAAGUUUUUGCAUUUGAAUCAGAAACAAGAAUAACUUCGUUGGAAGAAGAAAUAACAGCUGUACUGAAAGAGAAAGAAGAGGUGAUAUCUAUUAAUAAAGCUUUGACUUCAGAACUGGAAGAUUUGACUGAAAAGCUUAGUGCAUCAACCUCUGAAAUAUAUGAUUUGAAGGAGGAUAUUUCAGCUCUUAAACAAAGAUUGGAAGAAUCUGAUCUCGAUCAAGAAAAAUUCAAAAGCUCUAUCAAAGUAUUGGUGGAAGAAAAGGAGGAGUUGGCAAUGCAACUCACAGAUGCCCUAUUGGAAAUAGAGGAGGAAAGGGCAAUUUGGUCUGCCAAGGAGAAAGAUGCACUUCUAGCCAUAGAAGAGCAAGCAAGGUCAAACAAUGAGCAAAUUACCUCUUUAUCAGCAGAAUUAUCAGAAGUAAAGAAGGAAUUGGAAUCCUGUAGAGAAGAAUACAGGAUCGUCCAGGAAAGAUUUACUAUUUCAUAUGAAAAUUUGCUCGUCAAGGAAAAGUUCAGGGAAAACGUUUUAGAGUUGGAUCACCCGGAAACUGUCAAUGUGGUGGGCGAACAAUCUCAAGAAAUAUCAAAACCCAAACAUGAGUUGCUACCUUUGGAGCAUGAGUUGCAUGACUAUCCUGAGAAUGCAGAUGGAAUUCAAAGAGUAGUACAAGUUCUUAACAAAGGAGAUAAUAUAUCACAUCUAAGAGAAUUAAAUACUAUGUCGGCUGAAUUUCAGAACCUCAAGAGCGAACUUUCCGUUGUCACAGAAGAAAGGGACAAAUUGACGACCCAGAUGGAAGAUCAAAAGAAACAUGUUAUGGAAGUGGAUUUCCUGCUAAAACAUUGCCAAGAUGAGUUGUCAAGGGCAAAAGACCAUAUUGAGGAGCUGAGUCAUAAAAUUUCGUGCAUUGAAGUCAAAAUGCACACGGAUAAAGUUGCAAACACCAAUGAAACAGCUAAACGCAGAAUGAGACUCCGUGGAACACAAGCGAAGCUAGAUGCUUUUCGUUGUCGAUAUAAGGAAGCAAUUGAUGAGUCAGUUUUAUCAAAAAUAAAGUACAAAGAAGCUUCAGGGAGGUUGAAAGACAUGUUGGCUUCGCAAGGACUAGAGGUGCUUAACCUAAAGAAACAGUUAGCUGCUGCCAAAGGACAAUAGGAAUUUUGUAUAUAGAAUUUGUACGGUAAAUAUGUAAUCUCCCAUGACAUGAGUCGUAGUGGUCACGUCAUUUUUGUGUGCAUAUGUAUUCAUGUCCUAUUUUGAGCGUUGGCUAUCAUAUUACUGGUAAUUAACCUAACAUUUAUUCUUUCCAAGUUGCCUUUGUAGUAUGUAAAUGAAGCCAAAAGAAGCUAUACUACUAAGAACACGAAAAUUGUUUGUACACCAAUUAUUAUUGUUUCAAUCUUUUAAGGCCGUGUUGAGAGUUAGUUUUUGAAGGAACCAA